GGAGUAACGCCGUGGCCAACGCUGGCACGGUAUGGGUUAGCCAGCGUUACCUGGCAUCCCCAUCCUAACCAACGCCCCACACCCGCUACUCUAAUAGACGGGCCUGUUUUAAUCUUUCAGACAAGCCACCGGCUUUCUAAACAACCCUAGUUAUACUAGAACCCUUAAUAAUCCUAUUUUGUAAAUAGAAUCAAUCGGUAAAACACAAACCAAAUGGCUUUCAUUCUUGAAGUUCCAGCAAAUCUACUGUUACGUCAACAUAGUCUGGUCUCAUUCUCAAUCAGUAGAAGAUCAUCACCACAUAAUUAUACUUGUGUUAGCAGAAAACAAAGCAACUUUACACACUUUUCAAUUUCAGCAACCUUAAAUUCACCGUCGAUUCAGAGCCAUAUGGAUCAUGCUCAUGCUGUUGCUCUUCCAAUCAUGGUCAAUAGUUGUAUGGGGAAAAUGGGGCAGGCGGUUGUCGAAGCAGGAAUAUCCGCAGGGCUGCAUAUCAUUCCAGCAUCGUUUGGCAUCGAAAAAGAUGCUGGGAAAACAGUUAAAGUGGGAGGGAAAGAUAUUCAAGUGCACGGGCCAUCCGAUAGGGAAACCGUACUAGCAUCUGUUCUGGAAGAAUAUCGGAAUCUGAUCGUUGUGGACUUUACAGUGCCUAAUGCUGUUAAUGAUAAUGCUGAAUUGUAUUGUAAAGCUGGGGUGCCGUUUGUGAUGGGAACGACUGGUGGAGAUAGGGAUCGUUUAUAUAAGACUGUGGAAGACGCGGGGAUUUAUGCUGUGAUUUCUCCGCAAAUGGGAAAACAGGUUGUGGCGUUUCUGGCAGCUAUGGAAAUUAUGGCCGGGCAAUUUCCCGGAGCGUUCUCCGGGUAUACACUAGAGGUGUUGGAAUCUCAUCAAGCUACGAAGCUGGACAUAUCUGGAACAGCAAAAGCCGUUAUUUCAUGUUUCCAGAAACUUGGAGUCUCCUUCGACUUAGAUCAUAUACAAUUGAUACGAGAUCCUAAGCAACAAAUUGAAACGCUUGGUGUUCCAGAAGAACACAUCAAUGGGCAUGCAUUCCAUACGUAUCGUCUCAAAUCUCCUGAUGGAACAGUUUCGUUUGAGUUUCAACACAAUGUUUGUGGGAGAUCAAUCUAUGCAGAAGGGGCCAUUGAUGCUGCACUUUUUCUCUCUAAGAAGAUCCAGUCAAAAGCAGACAAGAAGAUAUAUGAUAUGAUCGAUGUGCUGCGUGAGGGUAGCAUGCGUUGAGUGAUAGACAUACGCAAUAUGUAUCGGCUUAGAUUAGGUUUAGUCAUAAUGCAGUUUCGCUUAUCAGCGGCCGUUUGAAAGAGUCAAUAAGUGGAAGUCCAUCAUGUUUUUUUGCAACAUGUAGCCCUGUAGUAAAUCAUGCCUGAGAUGCAGGAAGAUGAAACAUCCAAGGAUUGUAGUCAACGUUCAAUCGGUUUUUAUUUGGGUAACUGUGAGAAACUGAGAAGCCGUUACCUGAAAGCUCACGAGACCCUCAAUGCAUGUUAACCAACCGGAAUCAUUUCGUCGAUCUUUAUGAGUUUUAUGGUUCUCUUUUAGGUCUUGUCUUCUUCUACCGUUACAAGAUUUUUGAAUAUGACACUUGUAUUGCAAAGUGGACGGUUUGGAUUGCGUGAUCCGUUAGUGUAUCUUCUUCUUUCUUUUGUACGGCGAAUCUUCUUUAUAAAAUAAAGAAAGCGGGACAGCAAGAAGCUGAGACCAGACGGUUACAAUA